AGGCCUCUGGUAUGUUAUCGUUUAUUUGAUGAAUCUGUCAAUUCUAUAAUAGGCGUUUUUACUAAUAUGUGUUUGUGGGAACCAUGGGAAAUAAUGGAUCUGCUAGUUUAUGUAAUAUAUCUUUAACCCUGCACCCAUUUAAAGUAGGGAAAAAUGUGCAAAAGUGAAGUAAUUAAGUAAAUGUUUCAUGUAGAAUCACAUUCAUAUUCAUUAAGCAAAAUGGAAGUCAUGUUCUUCAUCUGGUCGGCUUGUAAUAUGAUUGUUGGUGUAAAUAAUGUCAAUAUGGUAAACAAUAUUCCAUGUUUAUUUUGCAGAUCCUGCUGCAAGUGUUGAUCUAGCCGUGGUGUUAAUGCAAGAAGGAUUAGCCCAUAUCCUCCUUGUUGGUAGAAGUAUGACUGUUACUCGUUCACGGAUAAAAGCUUCAAUUCCUCGCAAGCAUGGGGCUGCAAUUGCUGGUUUUGAGAAAGCUUUGAAUAAGUUCUUUGAGAAUGUUUUGCAGGAUCAGUUUCAUCGUCACUUAUUUUUGGAGGCAGAAAGAAGACAGCUGCGACCUAUUAUUGAAAACAAAUCACGCAUCAUUCUCGCACACACAAGCUCAUGAUACAAGUAUGGUUGCUUUCUUCAUUGCAUCUUCUCUUCUCCUCUCUAUUCCUAUGUUUAUAUGAGUUUAAGAAAGCCUUGUUAGGUAACUAGCCUUAAGUAACAUGAAAAUUAUAGUUGAUUAUAUGAAAACCUUGUGACUUUUUAUUGUUGUAAGUUGUAACCCAUAAUUUUCCAGUAUUUUAACACUUGAUUCUACUCAAGUUGUACCGUUCCUUUUAGGCUGGCGUUUAAAUUAUGUUUUGUAGUUGUAUCUGCUCUAUAUAGACAUUUUAAGUGAAUGCCAAAUUUCUUACCCGUAGUGGA